CAAUGUACGAGAGAAAGAGAGUACAGUUAUGGAAGCGCAUGAGGAUAGCACAAGUCCUCGCAGCAAUUUUCCACAUCCCAUUCUUUGUGUUCUCAAGCAGCUAUGCCUUCUCAGGCUUAGGACCCUUCACUUCAUACUUAUUUUUUGUCACAAAUGUCUUCUUUUGGGCAGCCAAUAUUCCUGUGUCUAUGAAAAUGGCAGGGAGAUCAGGAAAACCCUUUAUAACUUGUAUGCUAAUAGGCAUCUUUGCUGUCCUCGGUGUCCUGCAUAAUGGUUUUGGUAUGAUGGUUGACAAAAAGGCAUGACAUUCACAUUCCCAUCAUGCUCUAUUCUGAGAUGCAAAUUUCUUCUUGAUGUUCUUGAUUACUAUAAUUGCUCUUACUCAAAGUGGACUCUUCAUUUCUUGAUUCAUUAUUGCAAGAAAAUCUAGAUAUAAUCCAAGAUUCCGCUUUGAGAGAUUAAAUGACACUGAUACUCUUUAUUCAAGUGUGGCUCAUAACUCAAGUAGUCAGCAAAAUCUCACUUUUCAAUAUCAACCAGAGCCAAAGAGGCCAUUAGGAUCAAUUCCAAGUUUUAAAGCUCCAGUUCAGAGGGUAGACCCUCGCCCAGUAGGAGCCCAGCCUUCCUUCCCAGUAAACCAACCGAUGAGAGGUCCUUCACCCAGUAACGACGAGUAUAUCCCAGAUGAUCUGCCUUAUGAUCCAAGAAAAACUAGACAGUCUUUGUAAUGCCAUUCAAAAUUGAUUGGAGAAUUGUUCUCCAAUUAAAAAUUCCAAUUCUUUCCUAACAAUAAAGAAAUUGAUUU